AUUUUCUUUUUUGCACUUCUAUUAUAGUCCCAUUUAAUUCUUUGGGGCAUAUGCAAAUGUUCAUUCUUAAAUCUGGAGGGUGAAGUAUAAAAGAUAUAAUACACAGCUGCCUCCACAAAACAGCACAGGGUAAUGUAAAACACGCAGUGGAAACCAUUCUAAUUUGCUGCUGAUAAGAGAGAUUUUUUUUUUUUGUAGAAAGGGGGGGAAACAUUCCUGCGGUUAAGUGGAAAUAUCAGUCUGAGAAGAUCGGAAAGGGAAAUUUGAGAAUUGAUUGGUUCUAGUGUGCUGUAAGUGGGUGGAUUUUUUUUUUUUUUUUUUGCUACAGGAAGUGAUUUGCAGUGUUCAGUGAGCCUUUUGUUGAAACGGGUCUUCUCAGUUGUGUGACUCAUGCUUUAGCUGUGAGCGGCUUGGCAGCUUUAGAAGGACCAGGGAUCUCUGUCAUUGAAUACUGUUACUUGUCUGUCUGGAUAUCAUUCGGGAGAGCAGUCUUACUGUUAUUUUUCUCUUUUCAUUGAUGACUUUUUUUUUCUGUGGAUUUUCCUGUUUUGGUUUGCGUGUGGGGUCAUCAUAUUUACUAGAUUUUUAGAGUGAUUCUUCAAAUAAAAAGACAAAAGAUUGACAAAGCUCUCCAUUGCUUGCUGUUGAUAUGAGGCAUUUACUAUGCUAGAGAAUGCGCUUUUUAGGCUGGCAGUGGAUUUGCCAGUACAUAUGCAGGAAGCGAGAUAAAAGGGCAUGCUUAACCGUACCAAAUAUAACCGCUUCAAGGAUGAGUCCGUAACAUCUGUAGAUGAGCUUCUCCACAGUUUUUCCAUGAACAGCAAGGUCUCGGCUUCUCCUGCGACACCCGCUGCUCACCAGUACCCAUCCUCAGCUGAGGUGCUGCAAUCUGAUCAAGAAGAUGGACCCACCACUUUUUGUACCCUCAUUCACAAAGUGUCCCACUUGAAAUUCUCAAGUACAGGCAGCCUACUGGGCAUCAAAAACCUCUCCACUGCAGUGAAAGACCUUGCUGCCUCCAAGCUGCAAAGCAGCUCAAAUCCUCCUGGCACCUUAGUGGGAUCUUUAGACAACACAUGUAACCCUGCCUCUACCACUCUGUGUUCUCAGCAGGACCUGAGCAGAAUGAGCACAGGAAAAAAGAGCAGGCUGGAGGACAUGCACCUGGGCAGUGAAGAUUGGAAUCAAAGUGGCAGUGUUAUCAAUAAACCCUCCAGAGGAUGGCUGCACUCAAAUGAGAAGAUCCUGGGACCUGGAGUGACGUACAUUGUAAAGUAUUUGGGAUGCAUAGAAGUUUUACGUUCGAUGAGAUCACUGGAUUUUAAUACAAGAACCCAGAUAACAAGGGAAGCUAUUAGUCAAGUAUGUGAAGCUGUGCCUGGUGCUAAAGGAGCAUUUCGCAAAAGAAAGCCUCCAAGUAAGGUUCUCUCCAGCAUACUGGGAAAAAGCAAUCUCCAGUUUGCAGGCAUGAGCAUCACCCUGAAUAUUUCUACCAGCAGCCUAAACCUUAUGACACCAGACUCAAAGCAGAUUAUAGCCAAUCAUCACAUGCAGUCCAUUUCCUUUGCAUCUGGAGGUGACCCGGAUACCACUGACUAUGUUGCUUAUGUAGCAAAAGAUCCUGUAAAUCGCAGAGCAUGUCAUAUUCUAGAGUGCUCUGAUGGUUUGGCUCAGGAUGUCAUCAGCACCAUUGGACAGGCUUUUGAACUUCGAUUCAAGCAAUACCUGCAGUGUCCUUCUAAGCUACCCACUCUACAGAAUAGAAAGCUCAACUUGGAAGAUGCCCCUUGGAUGGAAGAAGAGGAGGAAACAGCUGAACAUCCGUAUUACAACAGCAUUCCUGGGAAGAUGCCACCACCCGGGGGAUUCAUUGAUAUUCGAAUGAAAAACCAAACAUCCUGUCUUGCUGACAGCACUCAGUCAACCACUAUAGCGGGGCUAGACCAAACCUACUAUCAAGGUCGGCACUUACCUGAAAAUCAGAGUGAAGAGAAAAGACCUGCACCAGUCAGACAAGGCUCAUGUGAUAUCUACUCUCUGCCAGAGGGGAAAACACAGUUACCAAAAAGUGCAGAAGCUCCAACAUACAUUAAUACCCAGCAAAUAGAUGUUCACACCCUGUCAGCACUACAAACACAAUCUGACACUGUGAUUGAAGGAACAGGGCUUACCAAAGACAGUCCUAAAAAAGAUAUAUUUGAUAUGAAACCUUUUGCAGAUGCCAUUAAAAAUCACAGCCAAGGACCAGCUUUAACGAAAGCCACCUCUGUUGAUAAUACCAGCCCUCUCUUAGUUCGAGCUUUUGCUUUCGGAGAGAAGGAUGAAUUGAAGUCAGAGCCAUGGUACCACGGAGAAAUGAGCAGAAAAGAAGCUGAGCAACUGCUAAAAAUUGAUGGGGACUUCCUAGUCAGGAAGAGCACUACCAAUCCUGGAUCUUACGUACUCACUGGCAUGCAUCAUGGACAGACAAAGCAUCUGUUAUUAGUAGAUCCUGAGGGAACGGUACGGACGAAAGAUCAUAUAUUUGAGAGCAUAAGCCACCUCAUUAGUCAUCACCGAGACAACAACUUGCCAAUCGUCUCUGCCGGCAGUGAACUGUGUUUGAGACAACCUGUAGAGAGGAACCAGUGAACACAGUCCAUUAGAGUGGGUUGUCACUUUUAUUAAAGGAUGAUGAGAAUAGGAUACUUGUUACUAAAGCUGGUUAAGGACAAGGGUGUCUUUCAAACACUCCAAGACGUCCUUAAAGUUACCCAGGAAGACAAGGAGCAAUCCGUUGGUCUGACAUACACUUGAUUUGUAGAACUGUGAUUAUUUUAUUGUGACUAUUGAAAUCUAUAUUUUUCAAGAUGACUUCUAGGUUUAAAGAAUACCAUUUAGUUUGUUGUGCUGAACACUGAAACUCGUUUAGAUGAAACGCUGAUCAGUCUCACCAAAACGUGAGAGGAAAUGUGUAUUUUAGAAUUAAUUAAUAUUGAAGUUUUGUCUAACAAGCACAACCAGUUUUACAAAUAUGUUGGCUCGAGUUGGACGAAAUCAAAUGUAAUGAAAGAAAUAAGCAGCUAAUAUUUUAAAAAGGAAUUCAUUUUAUAAAAGUUUAAUAUGUGUCCGUACAGCUUCAGUGUAACAAUUUAUGCCAUAAUUCCAAACUAUUGUAUGUCUUUAUUUUGUUUACAAAAAUACUCGAAAAAUUGUUCCUUUAACCUUUGGCUCCCUGGAGUUGCUGUUUCGAGGUACAGACAAAUACAUUUUCUGUUAAAGUCGCAUGAACUGAAAGCGCAAACUUUCUGUGGUAAAUGUGUUUAGAGCUUUAUCCCAUUCAGACAUUUUGUAUAGGCACGCAGUGUAGAAAGUGACCUUGUGUUUUUUCAGUCCUGCGUGAGCAGAAGUGCUGAAAGCUGGCUAGCCUCAUCAAGUAAUGCCUUUAAAAAAUAUGGUUAUUCUUUAUAUUCAAUUGUUAUUCUUAACUUUAAAAAAAAAGAUAUUUUGUAGACAUGAUUGAAAUGCCAGUUGAUUAAUGAAAGCGUUUCUAUAUGUUAAUGAUAAUAAGUCAUUAAGGCUAUUUUAUGAUCAGAAAGACUGAACAAGUGCUAAAACAUUAGAGCAAUGACCAUAUUUUAAACAAUUUCUGAACUGAAUCUUUUUCCUUGUGCAAUAUUAACUGAGUUGGGGUCACAACAUUUCAUUAUGCUGCAGUGACCCUAGCUUAAAUUUUGCCCAAAUAAAGGUUAUUAUCUCAGUCAACCUAAA